CCUUUCGUCCAUGACUAUAGCUAUGACUGCCUCUUCCUCUAUAACAACCACCUCCCUGGAACCCACUUCAUCCUACGGGUACGACUCAUUCGGUACCAGCACCUCAUCUAGCACGGCCGCUUCAAACACCGACUCCGGAGAAUACCCCGUGUUCCCAAACGGCGCCUAUAUCUCCAGGUUCUAUGCUGUCUCGUCCCAGGAGUCUGGUCUCACCGACCUUGACAUCGAUCUCUACAAUGAAUGCUUCCUGCCGUAUAACCCGUUGCCACACCACAAUUUCCGCAGGGAUGACGCGACUGAAACAAUAUCCCCUAAGCCCACCUAUCUGAUUGACGAGGCUCCGUGUAAACGACAAGCGGCGAUUAAUUCUAAUUGCUACUUCCAAAACACAAACGGCACGUUUUCGGGCCUUCAUUUGUAUUCGGGCGAUUGGGACGUCCAGCAGCAAUGUUAUUGUGACAUAUAUCCCUUCUUUGACUCGGCGGCCGGUUGUCAGGAAUGUUUCAGAAAGCAUGGAGGCAUUGAGGGCUAUCACUGGUUCCCACAGAGUUACGUGAUGGGAGUCUCUAGCGCCUACUGUAGCGCCAAUCCCCAAACGACAGGUUUCUAUCCUUUCGCAAAUGAAUGGUCGACGAGUUCAGCGGCCAGUUUGCCUACUACCACUGCUGUUGAUAGCUUAGGCACGCAGACAGCAGCUAGUCUUUACUACACCUAUGCUGCGGAAAACACAGCUGCCGGUGGUGGUAGCUCAAGCGCGAAAAACAAUGCUGCAGCAAGCACGUGCCUGAGCUUGAAAAGAGCCCUAAUGGCCGCACUGCCACUGGUUUUAAUGCUAUCUCAGUGAGGUUGUAUGAAUUUGGACGAAACUCGGCGAAUAAUGAUGUAAUUAUAGGUGGUUCAAGCAGCUUAUCAGCUAGGGUUGAUCCAAGUCCCAUCAGCAUGAUGUCCUGCAACGGUCGUUGAGGGGAUUUGGAAUGAAAUGAAGAACGCAUUGAUUGCAACACUGAGAUUGCUGCGCUCUCC